AUGAAUACAAAAGCUAGGCAAAAGAACAUGUUUGUGCGCAUAAUCAGUAGUCCAUAUCGGGCCCUCUGCAGGGCCCGAGAUUUGUACGUUCGAAGCAUGCUCGACUGCGCGAGUUCGAACGCCAUAGGGUUGCAGAGUUCGUCGCAGGGCGGGACCCUGCCGAGGAGCUUCAGCGUCGCCUCGUCGCGGUCCCACCACGACGACGACGCCGACUACCGGGAGCUGGUUCGGGCCGCGUCGGCCCGGAGCAUUGGCGGUAGUGGAGUUGAUCUCCACGCCUACCUCAAGCAGGAGCGGAAGGCCAAGGCCGGGCCGCGGGCCUUGCCGCCGAGAAGCAUCAGCGUCGCCAUGGGAAGAAUUGAUGAAGACAGGCCAAUCGGCUAUUUUGGUGAAGAUAUUAAAAUUGGUAAUAAUAAUUUUAAUCAUACAAUUGUUGAUAAGAAAAAUGAAUUCAAGUAUCCAAGAAGCAAAAGUCAUGCUGUGGCCAGAACAUCGUUUUGA